UGUUGUUUUAUGAAGAAGAUGCUAAUUUAAUAAGCUAGCUCGGACAUGCCGGUCUCCUGCCUGUAUAAAAAUGCCGGCUGUCUUCAGCUGCUUUUCCGUUUGCUGUGCCUCUGUCACCCGUCAUGGCAUCGGCAGACAUUAAGAAAGUGCUGGAGCUCAAACUUCAGCUGAAAGAAAGCACCGGAGGACACACGCUUGUGAAAACCUUAAAGAAGCUUCAAGAACUGGACAUAACCCUUGAAAUUCUUGCUGAGACAGGAAUUGGAAAGGUUGUCAACUCUUUUCGCAAACAUGAUGACGUGGGGGAAGUGGCCAAAACCUUAGUGCAUAGGUGGAAAAAAUUGGUUCCAUCACCAAGUGUUACACAGCAUCAUCCUGCCUCUCCAAAAGAACCAUCCAAGACUGAAAUUCAGAAAACAGACCAAGAAGAAAAGAGUCAGACGUCACAGAAUGCAGUCUGCCCUGAAAGGAAGCCCAAGAAUGAAAACUCGGGCUCUGAACACAAACUUUCCAACAACACUGAUGGUAAAAGUAAAGCCCAGCCAGUUGUGAACAAAUUAAAAGAUUGCAUAAAUAACAACAAGAAAAACAGCAUAAAGAGAGACUCUGAUGUCGGCUUCAUAUCACAGAUUUCAAUCCCAGAUGGGAAAUUACUCAAGCCUAAGGAAAAAUCAUCCAUCAACCUGCAUACUGAAGGAAAGGAUGAAGUCAAGCCUAAAGUUUCCGACGUAACAAAUAAUCACAGACCUAAAAUAUCCACAAAAGGCAAAAAAGAGAGUGUUUUGAAGGAAAGCGUAUUGAGUAAGGAAAAAAUGAAUAAAAAAGACAAGAGAAGGCAAGAAAAAAACGCUGAAAGGGAGAAGAACCUUGAGAGUGAUAACUCUGAAAUGCCAUCCAUGUCUUUUGAGGAAUACUUGAGUUAUGAUCUUGAGGCUCCAAAACGGAAGAAGAGAUUGUGUGAAGGCAAGAACCCGAAGCGCAUUAAGCUUGACCAGAAACAGGAUGUCAAAAUGUGUGACCUCAGCAUGAAGUCAGGGAAAUACACAGCAGAACCCCCAACUCCAGUGGUCCCAAAGAGAUCUGUGAUGGACUUGCUGAAUGUGCCAUUACCCACAAUUUCUCCUGAAUGUGAUGAUCCUUCUCAAUAUCAGUACUUUACAGAAAAGAAAGUUGAAGAAAAGGCUUGCGAAGAAGCCCCAGUGUUUACAGGUCAGCGGCUGAAUAAGAAGAUGCAGGUGUACUCCGGGACUAAGGUUGUGUAUCUUCCCACCAUGAUGAGCCUGUACCAGCAGUGCAUCCGAACUCUGCAGAACAACAUUGAUUCGCUUUAUGAAAUUGGAGGAGUGCCGUUUGAAAUUUUGGAGCCGGUGCUGGAGCGCUGUACGCCGGAGCAGCUGCUGCGGAUUGAAGAAUGCAAUCCUACGUACAUAGGUGUGACUGAUCACCUGUGGGAGAGGCACUGCCUCCGAGACUUCAGAAACGCCCAGCUGGAGGAGUACGAAUCCUGGAGGGAGAUGUAUCUCCGACUGUUUGAAGAACGGGAACGCAAAUUCCGAGAGCUCACCAAGAGCAUUGUCUCUGCUCACUCCAGGAGGCCUAAAGGAAGACAGGUGAAGAUGGCAUUUAUUCAUUCAGCUGCCAAACCACCUAGAAAUGUACGUAUCCAGCAGGAAAUCCAUGGUACAGCAGGACCUGGGCUAGACAAACUCAGUGGACGUUUUACUGAGAGUAGAAGUAGACCAUGCAUUACUGAGUCCCCUAAACCUUGUACCGCUGGAUCAGGAGCCAGCCAGCCCCAAGACCCACGAAGGAUCAGACGAGUAGCACCGAUGAUGGCCAAGUCUCUGAAAGCCUUUAAGAAGCAGUUUGGACGCAGAUGAAGGAAGAAGGUGAUGGAAAGUAUGGAUUACAUAAAUACCUCUAAACUCAAGUGAACUGGACAUACUUUAAUUUUGUCAUUGUUUAGGAUUUGAUUUUUUUUUUUUUGUAAAACCUACAUCUAAGUAUUUUUUUCUAUAUGGAAAGACAUUAAUGCACUUUCAAUCAGCAUUAUUAAAACCCACUGCUGACUGUGCUGUAAGGACCUGCACUAGUUGAAUAAAUGAAAUGAAAUGAGUGUUUGUGGAACUGAUUCUAUGAUGGUGGGUUACUCAGAUUAGUGUAAAAUUCGUUGUCUCCAUCUAGUGGUUUGUGAAGACUGCUUGCAACUCCUGACAACCUGCCUGU